GGCGCACCAGUGGACAGACUGGUUGACAGACAGCUUCGCGUUCUUCCGCUACGGUGAUGUGUCGUCGUUCACCACUGUGCAACCGUGCCGUCGCGCCGUGUCGUGUCAGCUCGUCGACUAAUACGGAGUACGGUCGCGCGUCAGCGACGACGACGACGGCCGGCGUCGACGAGGACGACGACGGUGGCGCGUGUUGCGAUUAAUAAACGGGCAGUGUGUGGUGCUGUGGGGGAAGGGACGAUGAAGGCCGGGGGGAUAAUUUGGGUGGCGACUUGAGGGCAGAAAUGUUGAAAUUCGGCAGCAAGAGCGACGUGACGGUGGUGCAUCGCGCCACUAUUCGACUGUUCGACGACAACGAAAUAAUCUACUGCGACUUUCAGCCACAAGACAAAGGACGAUACAUUCUCGAAUAUGUAUGCAAACAGCUCAACAUUUUGGAGAUGGACUACUUCGGACUCCGCUACGUCGAUAAAGAAAGAGAAAGGCAUUGGCUGGACCUAGCAAAAACAGCAAUCAAGCAGGUGAAAGACAUGCACGAGAUUCUGCUUUGCUUUCGCGUGAAAUUUUACCCGCCCGAUCCUCUGCGGCUAAAGGAGGAGAUCACCAGGUAUCAAGUUUACCAGCAGCUCAAGAGGGAUCUUCUCUACGGGCGUUUGUGUUGCAGUCCUGGCGAAGCAUCGCUACUGGUGGCCUGCAUUGUGCAAAGUGAACUGGGCGAUUACGAUCUCGAAGUUCACGAAGGGAAUUAUAUUUCUGAACACAAACUACUAAAGACGCAGACUCCCACGAUUGAGGAGAAGGCAAUGGAGCUACAUCAGAAUCAGAUGAAAGGAUUCACACCGGAACAGGCGGAGAACUACUUCCUUAGAUUAGCCUCGCAAUUGGACACGUACGCGGUGGAUCCACAUCCGGUCAAGGAUCCCGACAAAGGUACGCAGCUUCACUUGGGUAUCAAUCACUGCGGGAUCCUGACGUUUCAAGAUUCGCGAAAGAUACAACAUUUCCGCUGGUCGGAAGUUCAAAAGAUCAACUUUGAGGGGAAGAUGUUCAUCGUGCAUGUAACGAUAAGCGAGGAUGUAAGGACGAAGAAAAAGCAUCUGGUCGGUUUCAAGUGUCCCACAGCAACAAACUGUCGUCACGUGUGGAGAUGCGCCAUCGAGCAGAUGCUGUUUUUUACUUUGCCGAGGGCGUCGGAUGCGCCGGUGGUGAGCGGCGGCUCCAUCUUCUCCUGGGGAUACAAGUUCAAGUAUACCGGAAGGACGGAGAGGGAGGUUCUGGAGGCAGGACCACUCCGGAAGGAGGAGCCGCCGAUACAACGCUGCCAGACAACAUGUCUGAGAAGGAAAGCCAGCAGCGUACCGGCCACCCCCAGCACGCCGAGUCAGGAUCUUGUCGAGAUACGAUACUCCAGCCUACCACGUAGCUGUCACAGCGCGGGCUUGGACGGUGCCGGGAUGUUGGAGGGUGGCUCGGGAGUUCCCCUCAGCUCGCCCUACUGUCCAGACAAUACCUUGCCUCUUCUGGAGACUGUAUCCGAGGACCAAGAGAUUCACGCCAGGAGAAACAAUGCCGUAGACGAAAAUGAUACGCAUGCGAGUGCCACCCACACGUCUACUACUACCACCACCACCACCACCACCACCACCACCACCACCACCACCUCCAACACUACCACCACAAAUCGUGCGAAAGCCAAACUGAAAUUUCCCAAGAGCACGCUGAACCGACCGCAACCGUUGUACAGUCAGAAAAUAGUGAUAGGCUCGGAGGAGCUGGCGGGUCGCGACAUCAAACAUGUUGUACGGCAGCGCAUUAACGCCCUGACUGACGAGCGGAGCCCGAAGGUGGUGCGGUCGACCGCGCUGAUAAUCAAGAGCUCGAAGGCGCCGGCGAGCAUCAACGGACGUCCGAGGAGCUCCGCGCGCGACGAGCACGACGGUAAAACGCGGGUAGAGGUAAGCGGGCUCGAGGUAGGCCGCACCAGAUCGGCCACGACGAAGACCGCUGCCAACGGUUGCGCAAACCUGGCCGCGAUGUCGGGAUUGUUCAAUGGAUACGAUCGCUCAAAACGGCAGGAGGCAGCAGUCGGUCAGCACGAGGGCGAGGCGAACGACUACUACUUUAGGGACUCCUUCGACCACUCCUCGUCGGAGAGUCAGUUACUGGAUGCAUCCGGCAAGCCGCACAGCCGCUCGGUCACGCCGGUGCCGAAGAUGCAAAAGCUGCAGAAUUCCAAGCUCUGCCUACAGCAGCAGCAACAGCAGCAGGGUCGGCGCGCGUAUGGGAAGCUCAGGCACAAGAGCCUGCACGUGGUCCGGCUGUUCAUACCGGCGUUCAUGCUGAUCAUCACGGUGCUGUUUAUCGUGACGGUUCUGGUGUUCGAGACGGACACGACGCUGUUCAAUAGCCUGCGCAAAACGCCGGAAAUGGUGGCCUUAAGGAGCCAAUACUACGUUCCGAUCAAGGAGUUCCUGCGGACCAAGCUCGGCCUAUUCUGAUGCAGCAAGAUGACCGGGCCGAGGUCGUCCUACGUCAUCGCGUAGCUCUCUCCUCUCAGUGCCAACACGCGGACGGAUUCGGUGACUGAAAGAUACGGCCCAACUCGCGGAGAACAUGAACGUGCGUCCAUUUCCGGUCCCCCUCGCCCUUCCCUGCCGCCCCACCGUUGCACCCGUCGUCGCGUCGCAGCUUGAUCGCACGAGCGUGAGUGCUUCGGAUAAGAGACCGGAGUGUUACCGGAAGCCGGACAGCCGGCCGGAAGGAAGAGGAGAGUCUCGACGAGGCUCGCGAGGUCGACGGAAUCAGCGCAAUCCGCGUACAAGAAACCCGUUGUCCCGUUCAAUUCGAUCGGCGAAAAAUCGGAAUCUCGUAGAAAGAAAACUAGAGCAAGGAUGAUUGUAUUUGAUCGCACGAUGAAACGGGGAGUGUAAAAUUACGUUUGCAAAGUUAUGCUCAUGCGUUCUACUUUUAUCCGUCAUCCUCAGCCGUUUACCGUUUAGCUUUAUGAACGGUUUUACGGCCGAGUGUUUUAUUUCACCGAGUUUUCCCGGCCUCUCAUUAGUGGAUUCAUCGUUAUUCGAAUCACUGCUGAGUCGCUUGCAAUUUCGAGCAAGCAUUACAAAAAACCGGCAUACAUAUUCUGAACAGAUAAUACUAAAUUCACUCGAUUUCCUUUUUAUUCCGAUUUAUAAAAGUUAUAAUUAUUCGCUACGAGAAUACUUUUUUUCCGUGCUGGUAAUAAUCCUUCCGGAAUCGUAGCUGGAUAUUGAUACGGAUGUUGGUUAUCGAAUGGCCUAUCCUACCAUGAAAAAAAGUCGAGAGACCGGAUUGCUCUUUUUCUCCAUACGCGAGACUCUCUCCACGCGUAAUGGACAACUCGCAAAGAAAAACAAAAAAAAAAACAAAAAAAAGAGAAAAAAAUCGCGCGAUGCGUUUUAGACGCGUUACGCCGAUAUAAUAGACAAAGUAAAAAUAUUUUGACAUUGCGAAAAGAGAUGAAAGGGAAGCACGGAGGCGAAUGUGUAAUAUAUUAUAUAUAAAUAUACAGAUCAUUACGCUAUUCUCUAGGGAUCUUAGAUUUACUUUAAACGGUCAACGAAAAGCAAUUGUUUCAUAGAUACAAUGUAGGCUAUAUACACGUGCAGCUAUCUACGUGUGGCAAUGGCAAGUAAUACGGAUAAUAAAUAUUGCGUCAGCGGCAAAAUGUGUCGAACUCACGAAAGAACUCCCCGAAAUCAUCUGUCAUUCUCGGUUUUCCCGUUCUUGCUCGGAUACGCGCGAGCGCUUAGAUGCGCUUGAAUGUACGUUCGUCAUUGUCUCGUAAGAAUCAGUGUAACUUUGAUCGAGCAAAUUCUCAUCCUGAGGACGUUCCUCUCUUCCGCAACUGUCACUGGGACAACAUUUCCGGGGAAGACAGUUGGCGACUAUUCUCGAUUUUCUCUUGGCUGAAAAGAAUCGUGUGACAGAGCCGUCGCGAGAGAAACUUGUAUCGUCGAGCAGACACACAGCUUCACUCUCGGUCAUUUUUCCUAAAAGUGCCUACGCUGUCUCACACCCUUUGUGUCAUUGGAUUCGCCCGCGAUAUCCGCCCUAAGCUAAGCGAGAAUGAGGGGAGGAUGGCUUGUGAGGAGGAGUGAAAGAGGAGUUAAGUGAAUCAAAUAAAUCUCGUGCCGGAUCUCUUUCGCAUCGAUGCGUGGCAGCGUUCUCCUGUUCGCGAGGUCACGCGACUCCAGUUCACGGCUAAACCUCGCCGGAAACCGAUUCGUCUUAGGACUCGCGAAUUCGUUUCCCUCGACGUGAACGAGGAGAAAUGCGUCGUCAAUGCAGCACGGACGACUCUAACGCGAAUUAGAGUGGUAACUGUGCGAGACGCACCGCUGCCGUAAGCAGCAGAGAAGAAACAACAAAGAGAAAUUAUUGCCAGGCGAAAGUAUUUCCGCUGGACGAUUUUUACGGCCACAUUUCGAACGGUAGAACGCUGUGUCGCCGGAAGACGACUAGCUAAUUGUAUAAAUAAAACAGGUCAAUUGCAACGUAAUGUAAUCCUAGCUAUUAAGAAUAUCCGCUCGCUAAGCUAAUCGGUGUAAAAAAAAGAGGAAGAGGAACUAAAACCACGAGGAAUUCGGAUAAAGACGUAAGAAUUUGAUGUGCUUCUUGAUUUAAUCUGGAUGGAUCUUCUAUCGCAACCUCUGAGAGAGCAGCCCUCGAGAGCGAAAUUACCUGAUGAAAGUAAAUAUAAAUUAAAAUUGAUAAUAUUUUAGUGGAUCAAAGCUGGCAAAUGUCGAUGUUCGGACAUGAAAAACUUUCUAAUAGAAGGAACUGUGCGCUAACGGGAUUUGUUAGACUUAAGACACAGUAAUUGUUCUAAUCAGAAUCGAUAGAUCAAUUUGAAUAAAUAAUAUUCGCUGCGAAAAAUGUAAAUUUAAAUUAAAACAAAAAAGAAAAGCUAAUUGUCGUAACGUCACAUUUGAUUCUUGUUCAGCUUAGUGUCCACUUGAGAGCGGUUGUGCGUGUUUCGAAACGAGAGAAUGCGUAGAAUUCUCUGUAGUGCUCUCCAUUCGGGUCCAUACGUCCAUUUGCGAGUAUGACUUCCGCAAUGACUCUCAACAAUAUUUCUCUCGAACGGACAUUAACCGUUAAGAGAGUUGUACUCUCCGAGGGGUAACUCUCGAUAAUAAAGUUUACAAGAGCUGUAACUAAAUUGAAUUUAAGUCUACACGGCACUUGAGAGUCUGUUUAUUCUCGAGAGCGACUCUUAAUACUGAAAUUCCACGAAAAAAAAACAGAAGAAAAUUAAUUAAUUAAUUGAUUACUGAUUGCAAUUAUUAUUGAGAGUCGCGUCAGGGAGUAACACUUUCAAGCGAAUACUCGGUCUAAAAUGUAGCAAGUUCGACAAGUGAAAAAAAGGGCAGUUUUCAUGCUUGAUGCGAGGGAUGAAGCGAAAGUGAAAUAACACUGAGAGUUCGAGACGAUCGAUGAGCUGCGGCACAGCUUCUCAAUUCUUCGCGAGAUACUUCUCAGAACUUCCCCGAGAUAAAAUUAAGUUACGAUAGAUGAUAUUCGUUAUUCGCGAUUGUACAUAAGAGCAAAAAGUCUUUUGCAAUGUUAAAAGUGUGAAAUAAUGCUGUAUUGUGUGGUCUCUGCGCAACGAUCAAAGACAGACGGACACGUCAACGAAAGAUAUCUGUAACAUACAAGGAACUUGUGUUUUCGAUCAUUUAGAGAUCUAGUUUAUAAAUUAAUCAUUGAUGGAUUUAGCGUCGAAACGUACAGUUAUCAAUGACGUAUACAAUUGAUUAGCGACUUUACAAUUUCCGUUUAAUUGAAGAAAAUCGCCAUCCGCGAGGAUUUCAGUUGAAUCGGAGUAGCCGGUAGAUCGUAGGUCGAUAGUCCCUGAGUUAAAUCUUUAGUAAAAAAAAGAAGAUGAUUCUCCAAAUUUGUUUAAAAAUGUGUAAAAUCCUACUGUAGGUAUAAUAUUUUAAAAAUCGUUUGCGUGUGAAUGGGCAUGUGCGCGUGUGUGUACAACAUAGUGGUUGCGCAGAUGUGAGAUUACUUGGAGUAAAAUACUCUCCCUUAUGAAUAUUCGUGUUACUGACAUAAUAAGAUUUCCGUAUCAUCAGUUAAUACGUUUGCCGUGUUUGAGCCGCGUUUCAUCUUACUGCAAACUCCUUAUGUUACGUGACGUGCAAAAUUGCAAAUAACAGUAAUUUCUAAUUGAAUAUCACGCUGCUGACGUCGACAUGAACGUCGCGCAAUUCGUCAAUAAGCGUCUCUUCUUGCCCUUCGCGUGAUCGUGCAAAAUUCAUCCCUCCUAAACGUUUCUAAAAAUGGUAAGUAAACGUUUCUCUAAUACGCGAUAUGCGAUGAUCUCACUUAAACGCUAAACACGCGGAUACACGAAUUUCUAUACGUAAUUAAUUUUACUUUGCCGCCGCAACGCGCAGGCCUUCAUGCAAAUGUAUAAUCUAUCUCGCCUACUGCAUUAAUUUUAAUAGACAAUUCUUUUAUUCGGGUUCUCGGGAUUAGUUUGUUAAUUAUUUAUUUGAUAAUUAAGUGAUAAUUUUUUAUUCGUUGUAGCUACUGCGUAACUAAAGUUUACCCGAUUCUUCAUACGGAUGCGAGUGCGGGAAUAAUUUAACACAGAGGGCUAAAUAACUACGUUAUGUACAAAUGUGCCGGUGAAUGUUGCGUGUAAGUGUAAUGUUAAUUAAAACGGCCGACGCGACGAUGAGAAUGGAGCUCUGCGCUAUAUAAUCAAAACGAAAUAACGAUGAUAAUCUUUCUACAAUCUCCAUUCGUAUGUACACUUUUUGUACGCUUGCAAAUUGUAGCGAAACAGUUGUAGUCGUAUGAGGGGUGCGUUUUUUCUUCUGGUCUGUUAGUCCUUGAAAUUUUGUAUUGCAUGCAUGAAUAAACAAAACAUUUCAUUGCAAAA